GUACAUAGGACGUAGAAUACAGCACAGAACACAAUUUUGAGACUGCUACGAGUAUUCCAUACAGACAACCUCCUUCUGUCUACCAAUUGACAGAUUCUACUAUCCAGUGCUCUCGCUCUGUAGUUUUUGCCCGAGGCCGGUAAGGAUAAUAACUCUAACUCUUGUGAUAAGGAGUUUCAGUGGACCCAAGGCAAUUCACUUCCGCUUAUUUGUACAUUGAUCAUGGAAAAGAGGAAUUUCAACGACUUGCCUCUUUUCGAAAAUGGGCGACAAUCAUCAACAUGUACCCCCGAUCCUUCUCAACCUUCUCGUUCGAACGAGAACUACGAGCCGGUUCAAUCAGAUGCCAAUCGUUCAGUGACUGUUAAUCGGGCAUGUGAUGAGUGUCAUCGUUUGAAAAUGCGCUGCACCAAAGAUAAAGACAGUCAAUCAUGCACUCGUUGUCUUCAAGGUAGUCGUCCAUGCACGUUUGAGGGUCCUAGAAAGUCGAAAACUUCCAAAGUCGAGGAUCGACUACGCGUGGUAGAGGGACAAAUUACCUCAAUACAGGGAAGUAUAGAAGAGUUGCUCCGCCUGCAGCGGGAUGCCGCCUGCAAGUCCAGCAGUGUAGAGAAUUCCCAUCCAUUUGUUCAAAAACCCCAUGGACAAGAAUUUGAGACGAAGUACUUUCAAAAAUCAAGUUCUCAUACUCAACAGGAUCCGCUUCACUGUCAAUCUGAAGCUUCCACCCUUGCGCUAUCUCGCACACAGAACCACCCGCAUCGGAAGGCUUGGACCACUGAAAGUGAACGAGGAUUACAAGAGGACUGCCCAUCUGACCUUGAUGUCGACGUCUUCGCGGCAGACCAGACAACCGCUCCAAUGGGAAACAUGCUUUCUUUGGCAGAAGCUGCUCGGCUGAAGGCAGAUGCACAUAUUGUCAGGCAAGAGACCCCCGAAAGCGUUCGUACACCGAUGACUCUAAGUAUCGAUACACAUAUCGAGAGGCCACUCAAGAAGGCUCGCUUCGAAGGAGGAGCAGAUGACAAGACGAAAAGUGAACUGAGAAUUGUCCAGAGGGGAAAUCACUCGUUUCCUGAUCCUGUCGACUUGGGAUGGUGUUCAAUCUCUAAAGGCAAGGAAUUAUUUCGUCUUUUUUUUGACAGGUGUGCUCCUUAUGUACCUUGUUUUGACCCAAAUUAUGAUACAUGGGAUAGUCUCCGAUGCCGCUCUUCUUUUGCAAUAACUACCAUCAUCUAUGUGGCUCUGAGAUGUGUGGAUGCCGGGGGACCGGUCAGUGAUCUUCAAAUGAAAACGCGGGAUUAUGCAGAAAAGAUAGCAAUGAGUACUCUUUUUACCCCGGUUGCAAGAAACGAAAUCGUACAGUCUAUGAUUCUGCUAGCAUCAUGGGGGGAGACAUUCUGGCGUCCUGGAGGCCAUGCUGUACGGAUGGCCAUGGAUCUUGGUUUACAUCACUGUCUCCCAUAUCUGACAGAUCGUGACACGGACAUCCACAAAUCGCAUGAAGAAUUAGCCCAAGAGCGCCACAUCGUUGUGGGUGCAAGGAUUUGGUUAACAUUAUUCAAAAUUGAUACCGAAAUGUCAUUUGCAUAUUGCCGCCCUGCCAUCUUUUCUCCAGAAGGGGCCAUUAACAACGCUCGCAGAUUCCUCGAGCAUCCUCUUUCAAUACCUACUGACAUAAGGCUGGUCUCCACUUGUGAAAACCUCACAUUUCGCAUGCCUCUUCAUCAGCAUUUCGCUUUAUCUCUCGGAAGACGGCAAUCCGUUGGAGCAGCUGUUGAUGUGGACCAAUUGCUACGUCGGUGUAAUUGUGCAUUGAAAGAUUGGUUUCAAUAUUGGGAUCGAUAUUGCGCUCAGAGGGGAAUUUCAGCAGAUCAUUUCCUGAGGGAAACCUUGGUGACAGGACGGGCUGGAACUUUCCUCAAUGCGAAUUCCCACGUCUUGCAUGAUGUCAGAAAUCGCCGUGAUCUGAUGAGACUGUCAGAAGAACGUCGCCGUUGGUUCCAAGAGGCAGGAGAAAUGGCACAUCAGUUGGUCAACACUUGUCUCCGUGGUCAACAGUAUACGGAGAAUUUUCAAUAUGCAAAUCGUCUCACUCAUUAUAAUAUGGUAUAUGCGGCGCGCUUCAUGAUAAGAAUGGCGAGCUUGUUGCCUGAGGCUUGCGAUUUACAUCAGGUCGGACGUGAUGUUGAACAAGUAGCUGUCAUGCUCACACAAGUUCCUGGCUUUCAACUUGCCCACUUCCUUCGCGAGAUCAUGUCAAAAGCUAGACAGGAUCAUGUUCUUCCUCCUUCUCUCUCUGUCUCGCGCGCGCCAUCACCCUGCGCGGCAGCUAAUAGUGCUUGGAGUGCGGCUGAUCAUAGUGGCUCCCAAAAUUAUCACCUCAACGAGCUGGGAUACAAGUCUCGGGAUUGCUCGACGAAUUUCAUCCCAAACUGGGAAAUGAUGACAACUGGAACUGAACAAACACCCUAUGGGGAUGAUGUAUCAUACCUUAAUUUCCUUUAUGCCGACCAACUUUUCAGUCAUUACGAGAACCCUGCAGAUAUAGGCCAAAGCUUUGCGCUUCUUCAAGGCAACUCAAGGACGGAAACGACAAGCAAUAGUGUUUUUAAUUUUGACACUACUUGGUUUCCUUUUCCGCCUCUGGAUGAUGAUAUGCAAACGGGUCAAGCGGUGGGGACUAAUUUUGAAUAGAUAUCAUAUGAAACUCAAGGAUAGAAUUUUAACUAUCAUUUUGUAUGAACGGCCUGUGGAAAUGUAGAAGAUGCUCAACAAGAAGGUGUAACGCAAAAAAAUGUAAUUCAGAGGAGUUAACAAGUAUCAUAUGCACGUGCGAUUUAGGGCGAU